AUGCUGUCUUGGAGCGCCAUCCGGUCGGCCCUCCUCUUCUUUGGGCCCAUGCUCCUUCCUCGUAUCAUAGCCUUCUACCGUAGUCUCCGAGCACCAAACAACGCACAACGAGUACCCGUGUCGCCAGAAGCAUCUCGUGCCCUGAACCUCCUUUUCGCCAGCGCUGUCAUCUCGCUCAUCUUCACCCUCCCAUACUUCAAGCCCACCAAUAUUUUCAGAGAGACCGAGUCGCGACUGCAGACGCCCACUCCCGUCCUCUUCAACAGACUGUCCACCAUCACUCCCCAAGACGAGAUACUGCGCCAGAUCUUCACAACAGGAGGACUGGAAGCAAGAUUACAAUACCUCCGCUUUGGUCCUGAUGUCCUGUGCAACUGUCCUCUGGUCAACGACCCCAAGGCCCAGGAUGUGGGUACCAGCUACCUGAUCUGCGCCCUGCCCUCACUGCUCAAGACACAUCUGAUGCACCUGCUCUUCCUCGGCCUCGCUACCUCUACCCUGGUCGGAGGCACAACAGCUGCUCGUUGGAGAACUGCUGCCGUCAUCUCAGGCGUUGUAGUCAUGAUCGCAGACGUCGCUUCCGUCGCUACAUACGAGCACCAACGCAACGCUCGCGCCACUACCUUCUCUGCCGUCGAGAACUUCUUCUGGACUCGCUGGUGGGUUUCUCGUCUGACAGCUUGUAUCACAGAUGUCGGAGUGGCUCUUCUCAUUUGGGCUUCCGCUACCAACCGCGCUUUCGUGCUUCCACCUUCCCCAGCUAUCGUCCUCGAAUCUCAGACCAGAGUCCUUGAGAAGUCGCUCGCGAAAUUUAGAUCGCUUGGAGCAGUCAGAAAUGUUGUCAUGAGGGAAACUGGGUUCAGAGCCAAGGUGGGCGAGUACUGGAGAAAAGAAGGAGAAAUCAUGCACGAAGUCCUGGAAGAAAGAGAUGUCGUUGAAGCUAUGAACGAAGUGUUGGCAAAGAUUGAUGUGGAUGGUGUCACGAGGGGUGCAGACGAGUUUGUGGAACAGGUUUUGGGUCCGGCUACUUGA